AGCCCUCUUUGAGGUCAGAUACCUCCAGCUUGACCUGCUCAGAAGAGGAGGCUUUGGAUCGGUUUAUGCCGGGUAAGAAAAGGAGACAAUGUACCAGUGGCGAUCAAGCACAUCUGGAAAUAGAACGUGACCUUUCAACCAGUGGUCAUAUACGGGAGGACAUGCCGGGUCCCGAUGGAGGUUCUUCUCAGGGUUAAAGUGGGAGUUGGAGCAUCGUCAGGGGAGAAGUUUCCAGCCGUGUCAUUACUGGACUGGUACGAGCUGCAGGAAGAGGUUGUCAUCGUCAUGGAGAGACCAGUCCCCUGUGACACCCUCUUUAACCACAUAUACAACAAUGCUGGACCCCUGGAAGAAGAGUUUGCAAAGGAAAUGAUGAAGCAGCUCGUGGAUGCAUCCUUGAAUAUGCUCUCCAAUGGUGUCUUCCAUUGUGACAUCAAGGCAGAAAACCUGCUGAUUGAAACCAGCUCCAAUGGUCUUCGACUGCGUAUCCUGGACUUUGGAUGUAGCUGCAUCAUGCAGGACGAGCCCUACACCCACUUCUGUGGGACAAAAAUGUUCUCCCCUCCGGAGGUUCUCAUUCAUAAGAAGUAUGAGGCUGCACCCACCACUGUUUGGCAGCUGGACGUACUUCUUUAUGAGAUGCUACACGCAAAGCAAGCAUUUACCACUUCUAAGUUCCUCCUCGGGAGCAUUAGUUUCAGCAGUGAGCUGUCCCCAGACUGCAGGAAUUUCCUGGACCUGUGUCUGACUGCAAGCCCAAAGGAGCACCGCACCUUGGAGCAGAUUCAGCUCCACCCCUGGCUCCAAAAUUCAGGUGCAACCCCACCUGACUAAAAGCCAGCCUGACCGAGGAUUAUCUGGCCUAUACAUUGGUGACCCCCUAACCCGUACACAGUUACCCUAUUGUCAUGUGUACAUUAUUCAAAGUCUAAUUCUAAUUGGAAUAAUUCAAACAAAUAAGAAUGAUAGAAAAUCCUUUUCAAUUGACUUGGAUUCUAAAUUUUCAGAUGUAAUUUGUA